AUGAUUGAUCUAAUAUCAAGUCCCUCUCCAAUUCCACAAAACUCUAUUACAAAAGAUUAACAUCUCCAGUGUAAUUGGAUGUAAUAACGUUUCUUAUUUACACAAAGCCAUUGUAAAAAAAUUGACUUUGAUAACAGUCAUACUACGAAAUCUAUUUUUCCUAUCUCUUCAUAAGAAGAAAUAAGGAUUCCAAGUGCAAAAAUUGAAAUUAAGGAGUUAUAAGAUCCAUCAAUUUUAAGCACAUAUGCUCAAUCCUACAUUGACAAAAACCAAUUCUCACUCUCUUGUGGACCCUAGAAGAGUCAAGUAACAUUAAACCUCUUGAUUGCUGGACAAUCUGGAACAGGAAAAUCCACUUUCGUUGAUGCUUUACUCAAUAAAGUAAUAAUCCUAAAAAACAAUAUCUAGAAACCAAUUUCAAGACAAUAUGAGGGAAACAGAUCUGAAACUAACAACGUGUAGGAAUCAAUGGGCAUCAUCGAAUACGAUAACCAAAUUGUUUAUUUAAACAUCUUUGAUGCAAAAGGUUUUUAAAAAAAUAACCAAAAAGACUGGUUUAAGGAUAUUAGACAUUUAAUAGAUUAAAAGUUCAAAACAUAAAUUAGAAGAAAUAAGUACGCUUAUCUCAACAAAACAUUAUAUUCUUAAAUGUCCAAUUUAGUUAAUGACGAAAGAGUAAGCAAUUGUGUCACUAUUCCAUAGAUUCACUUAUGUCUUUACUUUCUGAGCGGACCAGCUUAUUUUAAUGAGGACAUCCAAUAUUUACAAAAGUUAUCCAACUUAGUAAAUGUUAUUCCAAUCUUGGCGAGAGGUGAUUAAUAUACAAAAUCUGAAGUUCUUGAAUUAAAACUAAGAUACAAUACGAUCUUCAAAGAGUUCAAAAUUGACCUCUAUGAUUGUCUCAAGAUUAAUGAUGAGUCAUUUAAAUAAUAACUAAAAUAUGGAGAAUUUGGACAGUGUUCUCCAUUCAUGAUUAUUGCUUCUACCUAUGAGUAUUACAAUGAAUAAGGCAAGAAGAUUUAAGGCAGACAAUAUCCUUGGGGAUAGUGUGAUCUUUGGAAUCCUCAGCAUUCAGAUUUCUUGUUGCUCUACAAAUCAUUGAUAGGAUAUUACAUAUAUGAUUUAAUUAAGCUUACUGAUUUCUAUCAGCAUAGCUUUGUUAAAAGAAAGCAAGAAACUCAAAAGAAAAAUAAAAGCCGAAUGGGUUUUUUAAACUCAAUAUUAGUUCAUAUCAAUUAAAUAUUAUAUUUGAUGGAUUGAUACUUUAAUUUUGUAUUA